GGUGUUGUGCAUAGAUAACAGGUAUCCAAGUAAGCUGUACAGAAGAACAUCAUAUCGAGAAGAUACACAAGAACAGCAACUUGGAUCUUGUUGCGUUCACUACACGUUGGUUCGUCGUCGAAGACACAAUCGCGAAAUCAACGAUCAUAAAAUUCACCAUUCUGAGUGAUUGUUGCACCUCGAUUCGUUGAUUGUUAGCAAAGUAUCUUUUUGAUCGACAGUUUGUGUAUCUGCUCCGCGAUUGAAGCCAGUGAUCGUGUCAGUGAUUUAUCGCGUGUGAAAAUUUCAACUUAUCAAGUAGAUGCAUACGCUAUCGAUUGAAUUAAUUCGUGAUUAACAUGACGCGCCAAAUUUCCGUUGAUUGAUACUUACGCAUUACGGUCAUGAAAUAUUAAUUAGAGUAGAUACUAGAUACUUCGAUAUCAGCUACUGAAGAUUUUCGCGAGCGUGAUUUCGGUUAAAUAUUUGUUUAAAUCAAACACGGUAGUUGGUUCUAUGCGAAUCACGUAAAUGUUUAUACACAAAUUACAAAGUUAACAUUAGGCAGAACGAGUGGCUACUGGUAAUGGAACGACAAAUUAUCUUUUGAGAAAAUAUUUGUUUUAGAGUGCGAGUGCGAUCCAAGACGCUAAUAAAUUCAAUUUUGAUUUUCAAUGUUGCAUAAUUUAUGAAAUAUUACAACAAAUCCGUUCAAUGUGUUGCUGAUUAUCAUUUUAUCUAGGUCGUAAUCGGUGGAAUCGUGUAAGAAAAGAUACAUCAGAAUUGAACAAAUAUUCAGGGGAAUAUAAAACAACUUCAAUGAAUUACACGCAAUCAUGCUAGCAUACCGACGACCACCACCAUUUUCUAUUCUAGUCAUCCUAUCAAUACUAGUCUUCCUUCAAAGUUCUGUAACGCAACGCACAAUACUCGACAAUGACAAAGCUAUCGGGCUAAACAGACAGUUCCGCCAGCUCUUCCUCAACUUUGCAGGCCGCAGUGGUAACAGCGACCGAAACUUUCAAUUACUUCGAAAAAUGGGGAAGCUCCAGAAACAAUUCUCCCCAUCAACGCCAUUCUUUUGUGAUGUAAAAGGACCAGGACGACGUAGUCCCACGCCUCCAACUUCCGUCCAUAUGGUUCGUCCUGGCGAUAUAGAUAUAGUCGCAGGCAUGGGUGAUUCACUAACUGCCGCGAAUGGAGCUAUGUCAACGAAUCUUUUACAUGUAACGACUGAAAAUAGAGGAAUAUCAUGGUCUAUUGGUGGACAGGAGAAUUGGAGGACUUUUUUGACUUUACCAAAUAUAUUGAAGGAGUUCAACCCAAACUUAUAUGGAUAUGCACUGAGUGAUGGGCUUUCCAUUCAGAGGCUAUCAAGAUUCAAUGUUGCUGAACUAGGUGCCAUGUCACGUGACAUACCGUACGAAGCGCGUAUCCUUAUAAAACGCCUACAGUCCGACCCCAAAGUUAACAUGACACACCACUGGAAACUUGUAACCAUCUUAAUUGGUGCUAACGAUUUUUGCUUAGAUAUGUGUUACCAAAGUGAUUCGCGGGUUAUUCUACAGCGCCACGAAAAGGAUUUGCUGACAACUCUAAGGACACUUCGUGACAAUAUUCCUAGAUUAAUAGUCAACGUUGUACCUGCUCCUAGCAUGAAAAUCCUUAUAGAACUUAAAGGCCUUUCACCUGAAUGCUUCGCUGGACUGCAUUUUGAGUGUCCAUGCUUUUUUGGAUCCAAAGUACAGAAACGUCGAAAGGAGUUUCUAAAGGUUAUCGAGGACUGGAAGAAACUGGAUGCGAAGAUCAUCAAUCGAGAAGAGUUUCAUAAUAAAGAGGAUUUCACAGUAAACUAUCAAGCAUUCACGAAACGCAUUCUGUUUCCGACCACUCCGAAUAAUCUGACAGAUUAUCGAUAUAUGGCGGUAGAUUGUUUUCACCUGAGCCAAAAAGGACAUGCUCGUGCGACUAAUGCUCUAUGGAACAAUAUGCUGGAACCCGACGGCCAAAAAUACGAGUCCUGGAAAGUUGAAUUCGAGGAGUUUAAAUGCCCAACGAAGGAACGUCCCUAUUUUGCCACAAGAGAAAAUAGCCGAACCUGAAUUGCCAUUGGGUUCAUGUUCUGCAAAUUGGAGCUUCAGUAUUAUGUUAAGAAAACUCUAACUGUUUAUAUGAUAGAAACGAAAUGCCUAAACUUAAAAUUUAAGAAGCUUGGAUGGUGUUCAGUUAGGAUUUUAAGAAGCUUUUCCUAAUUUAAUAGCGAAGAACUGUAGUUUUUUAAGGAUAAACCAAUUCUGUGAUUGAUAUCUUGGGCAAAAUAAAGUUGUUCGA